CCGUUUGAAGCGGCUGCUGAACCCGAAGCGUCAUGGAGCCGUUCCGGCGGGGAAAGGAGGCCGUUGCGAGGGGAACCGGCGUGGAAAUGCCCCUCCGCAGCCGGCCGAGCUGCGGGCUCUGCAGCCGGGCCGAGGAGACCAGCACGACCGGGCCGCUGGGCCGCAAAGGCGGCGUCACCGCCCACCAGAACUGCCUGUUAUUCUCAUCCGGGAUAUUUUGCACAAAUUCUCCAGAGUUUUCCGAGUUGUUUGGCUUCAACGAGGAGGACGUGAAGCUUGAAGUGAAGCGAGGACACAGACUGAUGUGUAAACAUUGUGGGCACAGAGGAGCUACUGCCGGAUGUGAAAACGGGCGCUGCAAGAGGUCCUUCCACUACCCGUGUGCUGUGGAAGGAGAAUCCCGGCCCUUUGAGGAACGCGUCACGGGUCGCUUUGGGCUGUACUGCUCAAACUGUAAACUAAAAAUCAACAACCCUGUAAACGGCUCCUCCACGACUCCCAGCGGAGCCGGACCGUCGAAAGUCUUCCUGGUUUUCUCCAAGCCACCAGAAAGAAGUAAAAGCCUCCCCCUGUGAGUAUUUC